UAUAGAAACAACAAAUAUAGAAGAAUCAUCUAGAGUAGAGCUUAUAGAAGUAGAAAUGACCUCAGUUGAAACUCAAUAUAAAACAGAGGCAAUAACUACAACUAAAAACAUAGCAAAGAGUAUUGAAGAAAUUAAAACAACUCAAGAAGAU